AUGCCAGUAGCAGCACAGGCGCCGUAUGAUAAUUGGAUUAAUAUAAUUGAAUCAGCACCAUGGCUGGUGCCACCAAAUCGAUACAAACAAUUUCCCUAUCAAGGUCAUGAAAAUAAUUUGGACAGUUUGUUGAAGACAAUGUGCGAUGGUCACAAAAGGAUAGCUAUAUUAAGAUUUAAUGAACAAUGGCAAAACAUGAUACAGAAUAACGUUUACACAAUGACACGCUUUAACGUGAGACGCUUAAGACGUCCGAUAAGACUAGAAGGAGAAUUUAAGGUAAAGAUAGAAGGAUAAAUGUCAGCUUUUAAAGCAUAGUGGAUUGAAUGCUCUUAUCUGAGACGUUUCGUCAGCUUACCUCCAACAUUAUCAGUCAAAUGAACAAGUUUGAACGAGAGAAAAAUAUUCCCUUUUACAACUGAAAAUAAGCGGAGAGAGAACUAGAGAACAGAAUACUAAAUAUAUAUGUAUCCGUGCAGUAAAUGACACGUCAAAAUAUUUCAAGUAGAAAACGUUUUUUAGCAUUCACAUUCACUUUCUUUCUGUCGUUGCAUAAUCCAAUAAGUAAACUAUCUGUGAUAGUUCUCUUUGUCAAGUUUCAUUCCAAACGUAACCUGACCCGAAACGUGUCAGAUAAGAGUGUUCCACCUAUUAUAUUUAAUAAGGUCUGGUAAGAAAUUCCUACUGAACAACGAUCGACCUUGUUCACCAUUCUGUUCAAUAUUCACGAGAAUAACACGUGAAACCUUAGCCCUGCGACUGGUUUUCCCCGAUCUAUCUCGAGAAAAACGAAAGCAUACAGGUUUCUAACGAUACGUUCAUUCCGUGGUUGUGUUUUUAUAUUAAUGUCGAGAAAGAAAGGUCACUGUAGAUUUGGGUUAUUUUGAAUACUAUUUCUUGUUUUAUUUUUAUUGUUACGUUUCAACGUCAAAGACGUCUUCGUCAGACAAAAGUAGAAUAAAAUGAAGGAAAGAUGAUUAUCUGUAUAUAUUUUAUUACUUAUAAAAGACUGUAUAUUUGUGAUAGCGCUGACGAAGAACAAGACGGAGACCAAGUUCUAAAGAGACAACGACUAACUAUCUCUUUCUUCUCCAUCAGCACUAUCAACUUAAAACGGAAUUAAAAUUAAUGAAUGACAUAGUUAUUACUCAACUCAAGCUGAUAAGGGAGGCAAGAUUGUAAUUAUCAAUAAAGAAGGCUAUUACAAUAUAAGAGAAGAACAGUUCUUUGAGGAAGUAAACGAUCCCAUAAAAUAUAUUAAAAAGGAAUUAAGUAAAUUAAUAAAUAGAAAAUUGUGAAAACAGAAGAAGAUAAUUACAGAUAUUAAGAUUGAGCUAUUGUCAAUUGAAGAUCUGCUAAAAAUCCGGGGGAACCUGAGCUAUACAAAUUAAACCAUCC